AUGGAUGUCACCCGCCUGCUCCUGGCCUCUCUGCUGGUCUGCCUGUGCUUCCUCACUGCCCACAGCCACCUGGCGCUCGAGGAGAAACCCAGAGAUGACAGGAGCCUGAGGAGUAACUGCUCCGUGAACCUGUUGGAUUUCUCUUCUGUCUCUAUUGUGGCACUGAACAAGAAAUCUAAAAGGAUCAGCAGAAAAGAUGCUGAAAAGAUGAAGAGAUCUUCCGAGAAAAAGGCUUCGGUGAAGAAGGCGGCGCGGCCCCGACCCCCGCCGCCCGCCGGCUGCGUGGCCACCCAGGGCAGCUGCAAGCCGCCGUCGCCCGCCUGCUGCGAUCCGUGCGCCUCCUGCCAGUGCCGCUUCUUUCGCAGCGCUUGCUCCUGCAGCGUGCUGAACCGCAACUGCUGA